AUGGCGAAUCAGGCAGGGGUUAAGAAAACCCAGGACAACACUGCUGAUCUUGGAGGAGACUUCCAGACGGUUCUGAGGAGAAUCUGUAACCAUCUGACUUCUCAAGACGCGCGGCAGCUGAAGAUUCUUCUCAAGGAAGAUCCCAUCAUUACAAGAUGGUUCCCCGGUGACCUCAGUCUUGAGUCGCCCUCAGAGCUCAUCCUCAAACUCCAGAUGAACAGGAUCGUCACUGAGGAUAAUCCUCUGUUCCUGACGUCACUGCUGUGGCGUCUGCGCAGAGACGACCUUAUCACACUGCUAUUGCAACACUCGGAGAAGAUCUCAGAUCAGAUCCACUGCGCACUUCCGUCUGAAAAACCAGCUAAAGGGUUCCAUCAGCUGGAUCUGAUUCUACGAGCAAGCUUGAAGGAUAUCAGUAGAACAACGAUGGAAGUGUUCCGUAGCCACCUAGCGAGAGCUGUUGGAAUUCCACCUGAAUACGCAUUUCUGGACGGCAUACGUCCUGACUUUGAAAACAGAACUAUCAUGACGAUUCAGAUCCCGGCUUCUUGUACAGAGCGCGCUGCUUCCGUACUUAGAAACGACGCGGUUCGCCGAGAGUUGAUGACCAAUGGCGUUGAGGCCAUCAGGCUUUCAAGAGAAAAUGAGAUUCGACUCACAGUUGAAGGCAAAGAGGAGCAGCCGUCAACUGCUGGAAACCCUUCAGCGCUGGGUAGCAAUAAAUGCUGCGCAGAUGUGAAGAAAGAGCUGAUCUCACAGCUCGAGGCAACUGCUGUGAUACGCCAGGAGGUUGAAAAGCUUCGCCUGGAAAAUUCUAAGUUGCAAAACUAUCACGACGCGAGUCUUGCGCGGGAAUCGAACCUGAGAAAAAUGCUCCAAGACAGACUGGCGAAAUCUGAGGAGGAUGCAGAAGCAAUGAAAAUGCUGACCAAAAAGAUGGAGGACACUCUGGCGAAGAAAGAGCGCUUGGAAUCAGAAAUUGCUGAAUUAAGGAAAUGA